CCAUUGAAUUGUAUACAUUCUGGAUAUCUAUUUCAAUUUGGACUAUUUAUUUAUUUAUUUGUCUAACUUGUACAAGAUAGCAGGUAUAGGUUUAAACAUAAACAUAGGAAGUAAAUACAGAUCAAUAGGGACAGUAGGACAGGGACAGUAGGCACCCUAGUGCGCUUAUGCACAUCCCCUUUACCGACCUCUUAGGAAUGGGGUGAGGUCCACGGUAGACAGUUUGAGGUUGAAGCUAUGAGAGUUUGAGGAUGUAACAACAGAGUUGGCUAGAGCAUUCCAGGCAUUGACCAAUCUGUUGCUGAAGUCAUAUUUUCUGCAAUCGAGUUUGGAGCGGUUUACCUUGAGUUUGUAUCAAUUGUUUGCCCGUGUAUUAUUGUGGUUGAAACUGAAGAAGUCAUUUACAGGUAAGACGUUGUAGCAGAUAAUUUUGUGUACUUUGCUUAGAUCAGACUACAGAGGCACAGUUCUAGAUUGUCCAAAAUUUUGAGUCUGGUGGUAUAAGGCAUUCUAUUGUGAGUAGAGGAGUGGAGUAAUCUUCUCAUGAAAUGCCUCGGGACCUGAUCAAUUGUGUUAAUAUCCAGGCGGAUGAGCUGUAUUCAAGAAUUGGUCUGGCAAAGGGUUUGUAUGCCGUAGUUAGCAGUACAAUGUUACAGGAGAAGAAGCUUCGUAGGAUUAGGUUAACAAUUCUUUAUGUCUUUUUGGCAAUGCUGUUAAAGUGAGCUCUGGGGCUUAAAUCGUUUGAGAUGAGUACUCCUAGGUCCUUGACAAAGUGAGGGUCGUCUACAAAAUCGUUUCCGCCCAACUUGUAUUCUGUGGUCUGAUUUUUAUUUUUAUUAUUUAUUUAUUUUUUUGCUAAUGUGCAGGACAGAGCAUAUAUUAGUUGAGCACAACCUCUGACACAUAGUCAAAGUCGCUUUGUAGGGCAGCAGUAUUGUCAGUGGUAUUAAAUAAUUUUACGUCAUCAGCAAAGAGGACACAGCUGCUUUUAAUAUGAUCACAUAAGUCAUUGAUGUAAAGCAGAAAGAGUGUGGGAUCUAAAACAUUGCCUUGGGGGACACCUGUUAAUGGGUGCUGGAUAUGAUUGGGCCCUCCCUAUUUUGUCUAUUUGUUGCCUGUUGAACAGGAACGUGGCUAUCCCACUUGUGCAGGGAUCCAGAGAUGCCGUAAAUACCUUUGAGGUUUGCAUUGAAUUGGUAGUGAAUUAUUAAAACUUGUAAGUUAACAGCAGAAAGGAUAGUUGUAUAGAAGAUGAUAACUUUUGACUAGUAUCUUGUUUGCACAAGUUCUUUUUUUUAAAAAAUAAUAAUACAGUGACAACAGUUUAUAGCCUGUCACUCCAGAUCUCAUCUCCCAGUGUAGCUUUAGUAGUUUGGAUUAUCAGGUAUCUUGAAUAGGCAAAGGCAAACAGAUAACUGGAAAGGACAAGUGGGGACAAAGGAAUUUACCUUUCUUGACAUCUUUGAAAACAUUUACAGCAAAAAAAAUGUACUUAAUCCUUCAUGUAUACAAAAUCACUUUUUCCAGCACUGAAAAACUAGUUCUUCAAUUGUAAUAUUUUUUUCAACAAAUCUUAUUUUCAGGAACAUAUGUAGCUCUAAUACAGAAUUUGCAACCAUGUGCUUUGUGAGUAUCACCAUAGAAAGGUAUGGCAGAUCAUGUGGUCUCACAAACUACAGUGAUCAUGGAUUUGAUGGGGCUGAAUUGAAGCCAAUUGCUGGAGGCAGGAAAUAAAUUAAGAAAAUCUAGGUUAUUGAUAGACAAAGAAAAGAAAGAAGAAAAGAGAAUUUACAGGGCUGCAGUAUAGGAAAGUUUGACCACUGUUGUGAAAACAGUUUAAAAUUUUAAAACACCCAGAUACCAAAAAAACCUCUCUGUGUUACACUAAGAUUAUGCCUGACACAUGUCCUCUUUUUUCUGAAUGAUAACCCUAUAUUAGUGGUAAUGAGUUUGACUCGGACAAAUAUUUGCAGUAGUAAUAGUGCAAGGUGAGGAAGGAUUCUACUUUACUCACCUAUGCAUCCCUUUUCUGCUAUGUUGCAUUCAAAAUGUACUUCCUGAGAUGAAUUGCCAGCAUUUAUAUUACAGGUGAUCAAUUCUGGAUUUUCCAUGCUGUUUUAUUCCUGGAAUGAUUUCAAUAAAGAUUACUUCAAAAUGAUAACAAACAUCAUCAUUUUGAGUAUACUUAUAUGUAUUUCUUUAUCUUUCUGGAUUGUGUCCAUGACCGCAAGCACAUAUUAUGGUAGCUUGCGGCCAAUUUCUCCAUGGCGCUGGCUUUUUUCAAUUUUGAUCCCGCUAAUAAUUGCUUCACGAGCAUUUAGGAAAAAGAGUCUUGAUCAUGGUGGAGCAAUAGGAGGUUUAAUUGUUGGAUUUAUCCUCACUGUUGCAAAUUAUAGCUUUUUUACCUCCAUGCUUAUGUUUUUCAUUACUUCUUCCAAACUCACCAAGUGGAAAGGAGAAGUAAAAAAGCAAAUAGAUUCAGAAUACAAAGAAGGUGGACAAAGAAAUUGGGUGCAAGUAUUUUGCAAUGGUGGUGUACCUGCAGAAUUGGCUCUGCUAUAUAUGAUUGAAAAUGGACCUGGUGAAAUUCCAGUAGAUUUCUCUAAACAAUAUACAGCAUCCUGGAUGUGUCUAUCAUUACUGGGUGCUUUGGCCUGCUGUGCUGGGGACACCUGGGCUUCAGAAAUUGGCACUGUCAUAGGUCAUGAACCUCGGCUAAUAACAACCUGGAAAAAAGUUCCUGUAGGUACUAAUGGAGGUGUUACUUUAGUGGGUUUAAUUUCAAGUCUGCUUGGAGGCACAUUCGUUGGCAUGGCUUACUUCAUUUCCCAGUUGAUUUUUGUGAAUGAUUUGGAUAUAUCUGCUCCACAAUGGCCAAUUAUUGUGUUUGGUGGUUCUGCUGGUUUAUUAGGCUCUAUCAUUGAUUCCUACUUAGGAGCAACAAUGCAAUACAGUGGUUUUGAUAAACGUACUGGAAUGGUUGUCAACCAUCAGACAGAAAAUGCAACACAUAUUUCUGGUAAACCAAUCCUGGAUAACAAUGCAGUUAAUCUCUUCUCCUCUGUAGUCAUUGCUUUGUUAUUGCCAGGAAUAGCAUGGGGAUUUUGGCCAAGAGGAUGAAGACAAGUAUCGACUUGCAUUUUUUUUCUUCAAACAAGCUGUGACCUAAAAGAUUCUCCACCAAAAGUCUUUAUAAUUCUAGACUGGAAUACAUUCCUGCAACUGUUCUGAAAGCAUGAGGAAUCACUAGGUUAUUAAAGUGAUACUUCCUGCAGCAGUUUUAGGUAGCUAAGACAGAUAGGAAGAGGCGGAGUCCUGAUUUAAUAUUCUUCUUAUGUAAUAGACUAUAGUUAUCACUUGAGUUAUUACUUGAUAGAAUAUUUGAUUGCACUUCAUUCUCUAUAAUCUAUUAGGCAAAUGGGAACUUGGAAGACUAAAAUAACCUGUGGAUAUAAUGCCACUACAACUACCUGAACAAGUAAAGGAUCUUGGUCUAGUGACUAAACUAAAUGCUAAACUUUCCAUAUUAUUUUGAAAUCUAUUUUUUUUGUGGGGACCUAUUGUACUAUAGCUAGUGAACUGACCACUCUAGGUACAAUGUUCAAUACAAUCACAACUUUGCUUUUUGCCAUUAAAAUACUUUUUAAAAUGUGUAUAGUAUGAAACCUAAUACUGUCCUGUUGGUGCUUAAAGUUUAAAAUUUAAUUUAUUGGGUUUAAAAUAUUAUGCUUAAAAAACAAGAAUUUAUGCUUUGGCCACUGUCUGUAACUUAUUAGCUAUAGUUUUAUCCUGGCAUAUAGAACAAAUACUUAUAUUUGUUCAAAAUUUGUUUGAUCUUUGAGAUGGAUGUUGUAUUUUAAAUUGUAAUAACUUACCACUGAUAUCUGAAUAGAUAGGUUUAUUUCUUCAUAAAGAUUGGGCCAAAAGUGAAAUUCAAUUAAACUGAAAACAACUCUUACUGAUAAAUUACUUUUUAUUUUUCCUUGUAUAAUUUUUUAAAAAUACAUUGGCAAGUUAUAUUACAAAUGCAAUGAAAAUAGAUAAUAAAAUCUUAAUGCAACCCAAGAAAUUGAUUGGAUUGAUGAAGAUCUGGUUAAAAUAUAGAUAUCAGUGAAGCAUUGUGAAUUAAUUAUAAAUAAGAAAAAUAGAAAACACAAUAUUUAAUGGAAUGUAUGAGUUGGAGAGAGGAAUGCAAAUUGAAAUCUUUUCUGUGCCUCGAGGUAUUUAUACAUCAUGAUAGAGCAGUAGGCAUCUUUUUUGAAAAUACAUGUAGAAAAUGUGUCCCAAAUGAAGCUCUUACAAAUAUGUUCAAAUAAAAAUGACUUUAAAAUGGCA